AUGGCGCUGCGCUCCUGGUCCCCAGAGCUGGGGUUUGGCGAGAAGGUGCUGCGGCCCGCCGCCGUCUCCACCGGGCCCUCCCUGGAGUUAUGCACCUUCCCCUCCACCCUAGGCUCCUCGGUCGCGGCCGCGGCGCUGGAGCAGCUCUUGGUUGUGGAACGAUCACUGCAAAGGGACUAUUUUAAAUGCAAUGAAGAAGCUAGGAUCUUUCUUAAGGACAUUGCUAUAGCUGUCAAGAAAUUGGAAGAAAUGAGAAAAGAUACAAUUGAUCUUCUGGAAAUUGAAAGCAUGGAACUCAGCAGACUAUAUUUUCAAUUGGAAACUCUUCCCAAUAAUGUUAGCACGGAACUGGAAGAAUGUGUCAGGGAUGCUCGCAGAUUAAACCUUCUUGAGAUAGAUGAAUUACAAAUGAAAAUUACAAGGAUGAAUAAUGAAAUAGAGCAUCUGAAGAAGAGAAUACUUGAUCUGAAAGACAUUAAUAAAGCUCUGGGUCAAAAGCAAGAGCAGCUGGCAAAGCAGCAUGAAAAGAUUGUCCUGUCACUGAACCACAUGAUGGGGAAAAAAGCUACUACUGCUAUUUACAUCAAUGAGACUUAUACCAAAAUAAACAAGGAGAAAGAAGAAAUAAAAUUGCAAAAAAAAUACAUUCAAGAUAUGGAGGAACAAAUUGAAAAAGAAAGAGAAGAAUUUUUGAAAAGAAAAACGAAGUUGAAUGAAGAGAUGGUUGAAUAUGAAAACCUCUCUGAACUUAAGAGACGGGACACUCAUCAAAAGAAGAAAGAAUUGGAUAAAUUAAGGCUUAGAGAGGCAAACAUGAAAGAAAAAGUUACCACCACCACAGUGGUUCUUAGUGACCAUAAUUUAGAGAUAACACAACUACAAGAAUCAGUAAGACAUUGGGAACAACAGAUUGAAGAAACGAAGAAAUCCUGUAGUAUCCUGCAGGAUAAAAUUCAUUUUUUUAAGAAGAACAAGGAUAAACUGAAUAAUAUAUCUAAUAAUGAAAAAAAUGAAUUAUUGCAGAAAAUAAAGGAGAUGGCUGAAAAAAUACACAGAAUUCGUUUAGAGAACAAAGAUCUACAAGAGAAAUUGACUACUCUUACCAGACAAUAUAAGAUUGUCAUACAGGAGGAGGAUCAAGUUUUAAUGCAGAAAAAGAAAAUGCAUGAUGAGAAUCACAGACAACUGACAUUUAUUGCUCAGAAAGAAAACUUCCUAUCACAAAGAAAAGUAGACAUCAAAAAUAUGGAAGAAGGACUCAUCACACUCACUGACCUUCUUCAAGCAACAAAAGAAGUCUAUCGGAAACAAAUAAGAGUCCUGAAUGAUAACCUGGAAAGAGAACGUCAGAGAUGUAUCAUAAUUCAGUGGAAAAUAGCUUGUUUGAGAAAAAAACAUAGACUUUGGCGUUUCAGGAUAAAUGCUGAAUUGCAAAUACUUAUCAAUAAAAUUGAGGCCACAGAAUCUAGGCGCUGUCAAUUAUUACAAGAGACCAGUUUUAGAGAAAAAGAGAUCGCUGAAUAUUUGGCACAGAUUGAAACAAUUACCUUAGAAUUAAAGCAAGAGGAGGCGGAAUUCAUCAUCAAAGAAAAAAAGUUAAUUAAAGAGUUGACCAAAUAUGAGCAAAAAUUUGUAAAGGAAACAGAAACUACCAAAAUAAAGGAAGAUGAACUAGUUGAGUGCCUUCCCCAACUUCAAGUGGCAGAAGAAGAAUAUAAGAGCAAAAUCAAAAAGUUUGAAGAGCUCAAUAAUAUUAUCACAGCACAAAAGCAGGAUCAGAAUUUACUGAAUGAACUCAUUUCUCAAAUGACAAGAGACUUUUCACGAUACUUUAACAACAUGGAGAAAGUGAAGCAGGAAUUAAAACAACUACGAGAUCAAGAAAAUCAUAAAAUCAAAAGUCAUGUUGAAAUAAUGAAGAACUUAGAAAAUGAAAUCUAUGCAUAUGACCUAAAAACAGAAGCUCUGCUCUUGGAAAAUAAAAGAUUAAAAGAAUAUAUUGCAUACUUGAAGAACAAGAUAGAGCAAUACUCUCAGGGAGAAGAAGCCCUCAUGCACGUCUCAAGUGACCUGUCUUGGCACCUGAUAGCUCACCACACGCAAUAUUUGGAUCUGUGGGCUGAAUUUCAGAUUACUGUCAAGGGAUUUGCACGCAAUAGUGUAGAGAUCUUGCAAGAAAUAAAAAAUCUAAUAGACAAGCUGCAUGAAAGAGAUGAAAAAAUUGAGCAUAUCAGUGUUUGGUUAGAAGGGAAUCUUGAGGAGUUGCGUUUUCUAUCCUCUGUGGACCUUCCUGAAAAGAAGAACAAAGAAAAACGUAUCAAAAAAGCCUCUUUCCCAUUGGUUAAAUGUACUGCGAAAAACAAACUAACAAAAUAAUUCCAAGAAUACAACUGCUGUCAAUUGAAAAGGCAUAAACAAAACUACAAAAAAGUGAGUGUACUUUUUUCACAGUUUGCAACUGUCAAUAGAAAUCUUAAAGUUUGAGAUUUAACAAACUUGUAUAACCCCCACCAAUAAUAGCAGAAUCAGUAAAUAACCUCCUAAACAAUACAAAAGAAUAAACAUGGUCAGAUUAUCAGGUUAAGCACUAAAAAUCUUAUUUUCGCUUCCAUGGCUGCCACCAUAAAAAUUAACAAGCAGCACACCUAUCAACCAGCACCA